CCCUUCCCUUUCCUUCCCCCCCCCCCCAAUCCUUCCCUCUCGCUCACCCUCCCUCAUACUCAAUAUUAUCCACUCCUCACUCUUGGCCACCCAUUCUAGUCUCCCUCAGCCAAGUCAAGUGAGGCAGUGAAUUGCAUCAAAGUGCUACAGCCGAAAGAAAAGCUGAUGCAGGAAACUGAUUCGGUCUACUGGUGUCUGGUGUGACAAAACAGCUCUUCUCGGAGCAACUUAAGUUUUUCUGUCGGUCCUCCGGGUAUUAUUUCUUAUUUUAGACCAUGGCAACAGCCCAGAUUUCGCCGGCCUCAGGUAGUAAUAUACCUACCAGGCUGCCUGCAAGUGAGGAGAUGCAGGAGUAUGAAAAGAUUUUGAAAAUAAGUGACGAUAUCUUUUCUGGAACUCACCCUAGAUUGAAGGUUCCCCAGCAGUUCGUGCGCAAGCCCGCCUCUCGAGGCCCCCCUGUCUCGACUCCCACCCAGGUAAAAUCGGGUGACCAACUCAAGUCUCCCCCGAAACCCCAGCUUCCUCCGUCCGCUCCGUUAGCUCAGAGGCCGGCGACAUCGCAGCCUCCCAGUGCCGGAAGUGCGCCUUCCGGCGCGACCGGGCCGUCGCGUUUAGUCCCCAAGCCUGCCUCGGAGAUUGAUCCCAUAUUUUUGACCAAGUCAGAUGAUCUAGUCAGAGCUGAGAUACAACUACAGCGGCAGCGGGUGGAGAGAGUGCUGCGGGAACAGUUGGAACAAAAAAGGCAGGAUUCGAGGCAGAAGGCCUCUCUACAAGACACAAAACCAGACUUUGACGUUUCUGAUGUGCUAGUGAAGGCUUUUGAGAUGGUCAAACCGUCUCCGUCCGUGGAUGCACCUGGUGCUGGAGAGCCUGGUGACUCUUUUGACGAGAACUCGUUCUACUCCAGUAGAGCCCCUGACUCUCCCCAGCAGGGCGAGCCGCAGAGGCAGUCUCCAGCUCCCCAAUCUAAUUCGGAGGAGCUGGCUACUGAAGCUCCAGCAGAGAACUUUUCAGAUGAGUUGCAACGGCUUGAAGCCCUCAACAGAACUGGAUCGGAUCAGGAUGUGCAAGAUACUUACCCCGUGGCAGACCACCUAGUACCCUAUGAUCAGAGGCAGCCGCACCAUGCUGAGGUGGACGUCGCCGUCCGCAAAUAUCCCGAACCCGACCAGCCGACCGACGCGUAUGAAGAACCAGAGUAUUCACCACCGGCCCCCGGGGUAGCGCCUAUGGAGAGGGACGAUAAUUAUGGGUCUCAACGGGGUUAUGCGAACGGGACAAAACGACGAGCACCGGAAGAUCGAGUGCCCCAGCGGCAUCGUCGGUCUCGGAGAUCACUCUCGCGGGGAGGCGAUGUAAGAAUUGUGCGAAACCACAUAACCUCGCCUGCUGCUCCGCAGCCGUCCAGAGUCUCCCCCUUAGCCAUCGCCAAGGUGCCCUCGGUCCAUCAACUAAAAGACUCGCGUCCGGAUUACGGUCCAGAGCGCCAUGCUAGCCCUGAGGUUCCUGCUCAGCCAUUGACGUCUAGGAAACGUAGGAGGUUGCAGGAUGACAGAGGUCGUCCAUCGUAUACUAGAGCGCCAGCAGCGGCCCAUGUCGAAGAAGCAUUCAUCAAGGAAGAGCCCGUCUCACCUCCGCCAUUCACAGACACUCAACACGCUUACCGGACCCGCCAGCCACAGGAAAGACCAGUGUACAUUGACAUUGCUUCCCCGCGCUACACUCCAGUAUUAGAACGGAGAGAACCACAGAUUAGGGAACCGGCAUAUGAGUACGAGGUGUACGAGCCCCAUGCUGAGCCUGGAAUUCAGCGCACCCUUUCGAGACUUAGUGCUCGCCGGCCAGUCCGGGACGAUCAAGACUUGCGCAGAGUUGCCAGCUUGCAUCAGGCCCGGCAACCCGAGUAUGCUCGUGAAUUUGUUGACCAAGCCAGUCCCCAAUCCGUGCGGGCUGGGUCUUAUGCUAUUGUUGAGCGUCCACCACCUGAGAGAAUUCGAUACUAUGAUGAGCUGGCGCAGCCACCUCCUACGAGACGUUAUAUUCCGGCUGGCGAAUCGCCCAACUCACCACGAUAUCAUGAUGCUUACUAUGAAGAGGAACCUGCAGCACGGGUGAUGGCACCUCCACCGCGUCGGAUAGUGGUUGACGAGCAUGGCAAUCAGUACUAUGAGACGUUGCCUGCUCCAAGACUGCAGGCUAUGCCUCCGCCCUCUACUCGACUACCCAGAAGUGACGUCUACGACGACCGUACACCAGUGCGCCCGGCAAGCGUGCGAGCGGCGUCUGUUCUUGAGGAUCCGUAUGGCGGUCGGCGAUACGUGCAGGACAUGCCACCUCCAACUGCCUACCGACGAGUCACCGACUACGCUCGUCCGGCUCCCAGCGAACGGCGACCGUACACUGGGGCUUUGGAUGAACGAGAGCCGUUUCCCCGUAGUGCCAGCGUGCAAGUGACGGAAUACGGGACUCGCCGCCCCCCUUACCUGGACGAGGCCGAGCUUCCCCGGGAGCGGAUCGUCCGGAUGCCGAGUGUGCGCCCGCCCACUAGUCGGUACGAGGAGCCGCCGAUGAUCCAGCGGGUGGAGAGCGUGCGCCCGAGCGGUCGAGACGUGAGCGUCUACAUGGAUGAUGCUGCUGCUCGGCAGCCGAGAGAAUACAUUGAGCGGCCUGUAUACGUUGCUACGCGCCCUGUGCGGGACGAGCGCUACUACGAGGGCAGUAACCCAGCGGAGAGGGUCAUCCUUGACGGGGGAAGGGACGUAGUCCACCGAGUACCUCAACGCUACUGAGGAACGACGUAUCAUACUAUAAUGACCACGUGGACAUGGAGAUGAUGGCCCACAAUGAUUGAUUGAUUGAUUGUAUUUGGUGCAUUCGCCCGGGGAUAUAUCAAUUGCCUUUGAUUGAUUUGAAUUCUGUUGUAUCUAAAAAGCGUUUUGUAUUUGGAUGUGUCGAGCAUCCUGUACCAUAGUAUAGCAGCACAUCACUAUGAGGGG